AUGACGCCGGACGCGGCGGAGGUUCUGCUGGCGGAGGGCGCCUGCUGCGAGGCGACCUGCGGGGGCUUCCAGUGCCCCAGCGGCUGGAAGGCCAGAAGUGCUGCAAAUGAGAUUGUGCAGCCGUCGCCGGACAUUUGCUGCUAUCGGACUUGCGAGCUGCAUGUCUGCGACGCCGGAUCCGACCUCACUUUGAGAGGCGACGCGGCGCUGGUGGCCGGCACCACGGACGACGACUGCUGCGUGAGCACAUGCAGUACCUACAGCUGCAGUCAGAAGGGCUACAUCCUGCGCCUCGACGCCGGGGAGAUCACUGGAGGGGUGGGCGGCAACAGCGACGCGGCGUGCUGCGCCAAGAGCUGCGCGCUCUUUCGGUGCGCGGGGCGCUUCAAGCAAGUGGAUAACCCCGCAGAAGUUGUCGGAGACACUGCAGAGGUGUGCUGCACUGCCGGGGUCGACUCCUGA